GUCGGUCCUGCUGGCCCUCAUCUGGCCCUGGCCCACUAUCGGUCCUGCUGUAACUCAUCUGGCCCUGGCCCACUAUCGGUCCUGCUGUAACUCAUCUGGCCCUAGUCCACUGUCGGUCCUGCUGUAACUCAUCUGGCCCUAGUCCACUGUCGGUCCUGCUGUAACUCAUCUGGCCCUGGCCCACUGUCGGUCCUGCUGUAACUCAUCUGGCCCUGGUCCACUGUCGGUCCUGCUGUAAAUCAUCUGGCCCUGGCCCACUGUCGGUCCUGCUGUAACUCAUCUGGCCCUGGCCCACUGUCGGUCCUGCUGUAACACCACUAAUCUAACGGCCCGGCAGCCUCCUCUAGCGAGUGGCAAGCGGCCACUUCUAUUCCUGUCUCUGGCCCUGGCCCUCACAUGGAAUUCCAAAUAGCGACAGAACAAGCAGACCUCUCAGGACUUAGAGUGCCCUCUGACCCCCCCCAACCCCACCACUCUGCAGGGCUGAAUGGUCUCUCUUUAUGUCAGCGGGGUUUAUGACCCUGUGCUCCCAGACUGCGACUGAUACAAAUCUCCAUCAAAGCCUCUCUCAGAUAGCAGCGUCACCUCUGGACAGGGGGUCCCUGAGUUGGCUGGACCCCCUGGUGGUACCCACCACCGCUGCCUAAUAAACCAUAAAGCCUCAGAGGGAUAUUUUCGGUAAAGGGGUUAACAUGGGUUGGCCCUGAAAGGCCCAACCAGCUCAACCCACCUCUCACCUCUCUCUCUCUCUCUCUCUCUCUCUCCCUCUCUCUCUGGGAAGUGACACCUUAGCCUCAGGAAGUGGACCCAGUCGCAUACAUAAAUACAGCCGUACCACCCACAAAGCGCUGCAGAGAGAGAGAAAGAGAAAGACAGUUGUAUUGUCAAGAUGUUAAUCUCACAUUAGACCGAAAUAAAUCAGCCCUUUAUGGCUUUAAAAGCAUUUAAAAGCAUUGCUGAAAUAUCGGACAGUCCACUGAAUAGCCCCGUAGACCUCCUCUCUUCUUUGAUCUCACACCAACUCUGUUUCUCACUCACACACAAUGACAGACCUAAAUGGACACCCACACAUUCAUACACACUCAGUCUAGGACUAUUUAUAGCCACAUGAUAGCACAGUGCUUCUUUCUCCCAUUGUGUCAGUAGAAGUUUCCUGCUCCAUGCAUGUCGUUGCAUCAUCUGAAGCAGAGGCAGCGUCGUAGCAGGGGGUUUAUGAAUGAACACAGCAGUCUCAGCCAGAGGCAGGGAGAUGGCACCAUUCCCACUCUGAUGUCAGACAGAGGGAGCACUCUGAGGCCUCCCUUUUCUUCAUUCAUUCAUCUCCCCCCAGUCAGUCCUGUGAUCGACUCACAUUACAGCUCAAUGACUCAUCCUUCCACUCUCCCUCCACUCCACUCCCCUCACCCACUCUAACCCAGCCUGACUUGUCCUGCCCCGCUCCAGCCCCACCAUGGUUCCUCAGGGCCAUGGCCCCGGCCGCAAAUUCCCAAUUUCACAUCCUCGCUCUGGCGCACAGAUAGAUAUCAAAGCCCAGGCACAGUCUGACUGAGCAAGCUCCAUCUCUUCUCAGCCAGCGAGCGCGCUCCACUAGCGCUAUCUAACCCUACGUGGUCAAUCAACAACCAGCCGCCACGGUGGAGAUGGUUAAGACGACCGUGCAGUCAUGGACAUCAGAUCUGGAGUGUGGAGACGUGCCCCUGCUCACUCCAGGGAGUAAAGAGAUGAUGUCUCAGGCUCUGAAGGACACGUUCAGCGGCUUCACAAAGGAACAGCAACGACUGGCCAUUCCCAAAGACCCCAGGCAGUGGACAGAGAACCACGUGGGAGAGUGGCUAACGUGGACGGUGAACGAGUUUAGCCUGAAGAGCGUGGACUUCCACAAGUUCUGUAUGAACGGGGCCAGCAUGUGUGCCCUGGGGAAGGAACGCUUCCUGGAUCUAGCACCUGACUAUGUGGGCGACAUCCUCUGGGAACAUCUAGAGAUGCUUCAAAAAGAAGACACAAAGCAUUUCCCUGUCAACGGCCUGACCUCCACCUUCCAAGAAUCCCACUAUACCUCAGACUACUUUGUCAGCUAUGGCAUUGAGCAUGCCCAGUGCGUUCCUCCCUCUGAAUACUCAGAGCCUGGCUUCAUUACAGAGUCCUACCAGACCCUUCACCCAAUCAGCUCCGAAGACCUGCUGUCACUCAAGUACGAGAGCGAAUACCCAAACGUCAUCCUCAGGGACAUGCCCCUCAACACACUGCAAGGGGACUACUUCUCAGUCAAGCAGGAGGUGGUCUCCCCCGACAACAUGUGUGUGGGCCGCAUCAGCAGAGGUAAGCUGGGAGGCCAGGACUCGUUUGAGAGCAACGAGAGCUUUGAAAGCUGUGACCGUCUGACCCAGUCCUGGAGCAGCCAGUCCUCCUUCAGCAGUCUGCAGCGCGUCCCAUCGUAUGACAGCUUCGACUCCGAGGACUACCCCAGCACCCUGCAUGGACACAAGCCCAAGGGAACCUUCAAGGACUACGUCAGGGAGUGCUCAGACCUCAGCAAGGACAAACCUGUCAUCCCCGCCGCAGCACUGGCAGGAUACACAGGCAGCGGUCCCAUCCAGCUGUGGCAGUUUCUGCUGGAGCUUCUGACGGACAAGUCUUGUCAGUCCUUCAUCAGCUGGACGGGAGAUGGCUGGGAGUUCAAGCUGUCCGACCCUGACGAGGUGGCUCGGCGGUGGGGAAAGAGGAAAAACAAGCCCAAGAUGAACUACGAAAAGCUGAGCCGAGGCCUGCGCUACUACUACGACAAGAACAUCAUCCACAAGACAUCAGGGAAGCGCUAUGUCUACCGCUUUGUCUGUGACUUAAAAAGCCUGCUGGGAUACACCCCCGAGGAGCUCCAUGCCAUGCUGGACGUCAAGCCUGAUGUGGACGAGUGAAAACAGAGGGAUGAGAGAACAGAAAUAGUAGAAGAAUAGGAGAGUAAAGGAGCCGAGGGGACUAGGGCUCAGAGAUUGAUGCCGUCCGGUUAAAGAGGGUGCCCAUUUUGGGACCAAACCUAAACUGUGGUCUGUAUCAUUUUGAGCUGUUGUCAGAUGACGUUCAAAAAGGAAGCACAUGCAAAACGUGAAAAUGGAUAAUAUGUUGCAUUUGAGAUAGUGGUAUUACUUAGUAGCUCAAGACACAUGGAAAACUAUCAGUUAGAAUAGAGUGGCCAUUUAGCCUAAGUAGCACAAGAAACUGACAUUGAGGAAGGGGGCCAAGAGACAGUGAAAGAUUCAUUAUAAGGAAGGACAUGCAUGGAGAUUUCCUGCUAUGAAAUCUGUUGCCAAAUAUAAAAUGGAAAGUAGUGGAAAUAGAUCACUGUUUCUCUGCCACACUCCACACAAUAGGCAUGGGUAGAGUUCUCAGCUUGGACCAAAAAGUGUUGAUUUUGUUACUAUUGUUUCAGAAGCAUAAUGUUUGUGUCAGUAUUAUCGUUGAGAUUCAACUCCUGGUGUGCUGUUUAGUCUCAGUCCGACCAGGGUUCCCCCUCUUUUUAAAUAUUUUUUUAUGAAGGUAUUAUGAAACCAAACGUUGCACCAUUUAAUGUUAAGUUAGUCCUGUCUCCUCUCUGUGAAAGCCCAAUAACUGAAACAUGCUGAUAUGACUAUCAGAUGACACUAGACACGGGCCUUUUUACUCAUUUUCAUAGGUUGGCUGGAGAGUUACUUACUCAUACCAAGAACGGUUGAUAGACACCUGAAAGUAACCGUUGCUUUAAAACUGACACUUUCAGCUCUGCACAUUUUCCACUUCACUAUAGAAAUAUACUGUCUUACCACCAGUAAUACAAAUCCUUAGACACCCUUUCUGUGGUGAGUUUUGAAACGAUUUGGACAUGAAAGAGUCAAAUGUGCCCAUCACAAUCUGUACAUUGAGUGGUUUUCCAAACCCCCAUUUUAGCAUUGCUUUAUAAGAGAGCAGAGAGGGAGGCACCUGUUGUCGACAAAUUGAAUUGCAAGCCAUGUACGAUGGAUGGUUUUUGUAGUCAAAAGAGAAAGCUUAGGAAUGUAGAGUGUACUGUAUUUGUGUGUGUUCCGUGGUGUUCUCUGAAUGAAGGGAAGCUGCCAUAGCUAGGUAAGGUAUAUCAAGGUGCAUGAUGGUAGUAGGGUGAAAAGAGAAGGGUUCAAAGCAAGGAGUGUAAACUUUGGAUGACUGUUUGAAAAAGAGGGAGAUGAGAGGAGGACCGGGUAGUUUUGGGAGGGAACCGUGGAGUUGUGAAGUUAAUCAGUAGUGGCUGAAAGAGAAUUAUCAUCAUUAUGGCAUGAGGAUGAGAUUAAUGUUUGUGCUAUUGUACAGCUUGGAGUCUGAAAUGUUUGUAAAGAUGCUCCCUUUCACCAAUGAGGAGGUAGAGAUCGACAGGAAACAGGACUAACACAAACAGUUGGGCUAAAGGACUACUGGGAGAGAUGUGGCAUUAUAUGCUAUUUUCUUACCAUGCUUUCUACAUGCUGUUCUAUUUCUACGACAUAAGGACACCCAAUUCAGUAUAUGGAAAGGAUCAAUGAAAUGACAUGCCCUGAAUACUGUAUGUAGUUGUGCAGCUUACUCAAGAGCCACAGUAGUUGUGCAGCUUACUCAAGAGCCACAGUAGUUGUGCAGCUUACUCAAGAGCCACAGUAGUUGUGCAGCUUACUCAAGAGCCACAGUAGUUGUGCAGCUUACUCAAGAGCCACAGUAGUUGUGCAGCUUACUCAAGAGCCACAGUAGUUGUGCAGCUUACUCAAGAGCCACAGUAGUUGUGCAGCUUACUCAAGAGCCACAGUAGUUGUGCAGCUUACUCAAGAGCCACAGUAGUUGUGCAGCUUACUCAAGAGCCACAGUAGUUGUGCAGCUUACUCAAGAGCCACAGUAGUUGUGCAGCUUACUCAAGAGCCACAGUAGUUGUGCAGCUUACUCAAGAGCCACAGUAGUUGUGCUGGUUGGGUUUUGAGUAAUGUCGUCAGUGGGAACAUGACUAUACGCAGGUCUUAUGGGAAAAGCCAAAGUCAAGAAAUAUCAUCUUAAAAUACAAAUGUUAUUGUUUACAGUGGCUGAAUGUUACCCAUUCUGAUGAAAAUAGGUUUUGAAAUGUUUAUUUGUACAGAUUGUAUUUCAUAACGCUUUAUUAAGACCCAGAUGAAACAAAUAAGCAAGAGACAAAGCAGGAAUAAUAACCAAACCCAUGUGAGGUCUGGGCGAUAGAUAGAGCUUUGGGUAUGUGCACCAUCUUGAAGGACAGGAACUGUUAUUCCCUCACAUUCAAAGUGUUGUUUCUGCUUUGAUCUUUUGAUUUGUUGGAAAGCACUCAGUGUUAGGACUCAGUGAGGAUAUUUGGCUGGACUGACUGAAGUUCCCUCUUGAGAUUAUAGGAAAGGGAUUUCUGUCCAUAUUAGUUACUUUUUAGUUGGGCAACUGACCACAGGGUUGGUUUUUCUAGUGUCAGUCAGCACAAACACACACGCACACACGCAGACCACACAACACACACACACACACACACACGUAAUCUAGUGUAGAGAAGAUUGAAUUCUCUUGAACAAAUCACUCCACCCAAUCUCUGUGGUUCAUUAUGCACUCUACAUUUCCAGGAUUCACAUCACUGGUUGAUUAUUACUGUUCAGAUAUUUUUCCUCCAAAAAAACUGUUUUAUGUUAGGGCAACUGUUCAUGUUUAAAUAUAUGCUUAACUUGUUGUUGAUGAUGCCUUCCAGCUCCUAGCCAGUCACCAUUUUGAGUAGAUCAGAAUAUAUUAUCUUUGUUUAAACGGAACAUAUACUGUGUCUGUUUGGACUUCAAGUCAAGUUUGUUUCAGUAAAUGUCAUAUACGUUAAGUUGUGGACACAAGUAUUGCACAGAUCUUUCUAAAUGGACUAAAUACAUAAAUACACAGAUACCUUGCGAUAUUAGCAUAUCUCAGACUGAUCCAUUAGGAAACCUUUUUUGUUAUGGAUGGUGUUGUUUUUUUGUAUAUUUUAUAGUGUUUCUGUAUUUUUGUUAAUGAGAAUUUUUUAUGUAUUUAGUUCACAAACAUUUGAAUAUUUUUCAAUAAUUUAUAUUUUAUAAAAGAAAAAGACGCAGACAGCUGGUGCUUUCAUGGGAAAUAAAGGUAGCACAGGAAAAAAAUGUAGCGAUUUUCUUUCGAUAUAGAGAAUAGACCUACCUGUCUGUUAAGGAAAAAGGCUGAUGCUGGCCCAUCAUUGAUUUCUGCUGGGAAGUUUUAUAAACUGUUGCUUCUAUUUCUUAAUGUACUUAAAAAAUGUUACGUUAUAAAAAAAUAUAUGUGAACAAAUAUUUCAUA